UUUCUUGAUUUCAACCCUACAUAUUGGGUACCCUCAGCUUCAAAAAGAUGAGCGAUUUCGAACGUCUGACGGAGCCGUCCCUGCGUCGGCACAUGAAUGACGACCCUUGUGUCAUUUGCGGUACCAGUGGUCAUGAUGCAUACGACGGUGCUUGUCCAAAACUUAACGUACCCACUGCCAUGGAUUCGCCUCUCGCUAGGAUCUAUGGUCCGGGCAAAGCAAAUGCUGCUCGUCAGACUAUUGUCAAGUUCCGCAAGUCGAAGAAGCCACGAUAUCAGGAUCCGGCGGAAGAAGCAACAACAGAUGCAAACGUGGAAGUCUUAGCACGAGUGCAAUUGGAGGACCAGACCCAGAAUAUAACUGAGGGCUCAGCCAAGGACGCAACCAUGGAUGCAGCGAAGGAUACAGUAAAGGAUACAGUAAAGGGUACAGUUACAGAGGAAGACGUCAUGCUGAAUAGAAUCCUUCGGUCAAUCGGUCGCUCAACCGAAGGUCUGAGAGCGGUUCGCGACAUCACACAGACAGAUCCUGUGGAGACGUGUGCGCCGAAAUUUGUCCAUGUACCGGAUAAAGACCCAGUUGGCCCAGGCAAUGCAUUCCAAUCUGAGCUUGCCCUGAGCAGGGCGAAGAAAGCCGAGUUUCCCCUCCGAAAAGCAUUUGCUCAAGCAUCGUCGGACGUUCUCACGAAUCAUUUUGAAGUUCGCUUCAAGCCUAAGACCCGCUUCUUUAUCUACGAAAUUCUCAAGAUUCCUGGUGGGAAGAGCAAGCGCAAAGCCAAAUACAUCUUCAAGGCCGCCGAAGAGGCAUGGGGUAUGCUUAGAGACAACAAGCAAUACUAUGCUACAGAUCAUGUCAAGACAAUUGUUGCAUGGAAGAACCUUCAUGAGACGAUUGGGUAUCAGCCUGUUAUCCUUGGAGAUGAUGGUACUCAAGCAGGCGCUAUAUGGCAGCCCAAGGCUAUUGCAGAUGGAAAUGAGAGAGUGCAACUCUUCCUCAAACUCCAUCACGAACUUAAACUUGAUGGGCUGUAUCGCUACAUGGAUGCACGUCACCAGGAGAGUGAUCCAGAGUUCAACUUCAACCCCAUAAUCAGCGCACUCAACCUUGCGAUUACCAGCAGCAUGACUUCAAGCGUCUUCCAGCAAUCCAGCAACAAGUUCUUUGUCAAAGAUGGUUAUGUAGACUUGCCCGGAAAGCGCUCUCUGAAGUCCCUGUGUACGAUUCGAGGCUACUAUUUUACAAUCAAGCCAGGAAUACAGAAGAUCUUCCUCAACGUCAACCCUGCUACCAACGCGUUCUUUAGACCCAUUACGGUUGGCGAGUUCCUGAGUGAUGACACAUUCUCUGAGGAUGAGCGAGUGCGGCUCCUCAAAACACUGCGUUUGUACAUUGAAUAUGAACGCUUGCCGAACAAAGACAAUCAGUACCAGAUCAAUCGCCUCAACAAGCCCCAUAACCGCGUCAAAUCCGUCUUUGAAAUGGGUAGGAAAUUCAGCGAUCCGAGCAUGAGGUUUCUAAAUUCAACAGAUCCUAAGAAUAACAUCCAUGUUGAAAAGCAUCUGAGGAAUGUGUUUGGCAAGGAAUGGCAAUGA